GGGGAUCUUGUGUACCAAUACACUCCCGGGGAGCCUCUGCUGAUAAUCAACUCGGCGAAAGUUGCCGACGACUUGCUGGAGAAGCGUGGGGCAAUCUAUUCCUCAAGACCAAUGCGAACGAUGAUUGCGAAAAUGGGCUGGGAAUGGUCGUUUGCGGCAAUGAAAUACGGAAGUGACUGGAGAAAGCAUCGAGCACUGUUCCAGAAAUAUUUUCAUUCGCGUGCAGCGCCUCGUUAUGAACCGAUCCAAAUCAUGGAAGCGCACACACUCCUCCGUAAUUUAAGCCACAACCCUAAUAAUUUCGAGCAUUACUUGCAAAGGAGUGCAUCGGCGCUCGCGAUGAAGAUAUCAUAUGGGCAUGACAUCACAGAAGAGGAUGAUCUUUAUGUCUCUUUGGCAAAGAAAGGUAUGUCCAGCUUGAUCAAAGUUGGCGUACACGGGACAUACCUCGUAGACUACCUGCCAUUUUUGAGGCAUAUUCCUAGCUGGUUCCCAGGUGCCGGAUUCAAGAGACAAGCCUAUGAAUGGCGAGCGGAUUUGAAAGCAAUGCGCGAACAACCAUUCGAAAUGGUCAAACGGAGAAUGGAAACAGGGACUGCAAUUCCAUGUGUCACUACACUAGAGCUUGAGAAGUCUCCAGUGAAGGAAAUUGAUGUUUCGAUGAUCCAAUGCAUCGCCGCUAUUUUUUACGCAGCCGGGGCUGAUACAAUGGCAGCCGGAGUGUUGUCGUUCUUCCUCGCCAUGAUGACCCAUCCUGACAUUCAGCGCAAGGCUCAGGCAGAAAUUGACGCUGUCAUCGGCACUGACCGCCUUCCUACGUUCAAAGAUAGGAGCAACCUUCCAUUCGUGAGCUGUCUGCUCUGGGAAUGUCUUCGUUGGAGUCCAAUUGCUCCGAUGGCUGUCCCUCAUGCCCCAAUUCAGGAUGAUGUAUAUGAGGGAUAUUGGAUUCCUAAAGGUACCACGAUUCUCCCGAAUGUCUGGGGUAUGCUUCACGACGAGGAGAAGUAUCCGGAUGCAUUCAAAUUCAUGCCUGAACGUUUCGCAGAUCCGCAGAAGAAUGCUAAAUCAAGAAUAAACGAACCUCCUCAUAUUGCCUUCGGAUUUGGGCGUCGUGUCUGUCCUGGUCGCUGGGUGGCCUUGGACCACCUCUGGAUCACGAUGGCAUCCAUUCUUGCCGUUUUCACCAUUGCGAAGCCUAAGGACCCAGAAGGGAACAUUGUUGAGCAGGAUAUCGACGUCACGAUUGGUUCUGUCAGUCGUCCGAAACCGUUCAAAUGCUCACUCGUCCCUCGCUCAGAGGCAGCCCGCGCACUUAUCAGACAAACGGAAGAGCAACAAAGUUUCAAUUGA